UUACCCCCUAUGGACCAAUAAUUCAGAGUCCAGACUCUCUCUCUCCUCUCUCUUCCACACGGACUUUUCCUUUCCUUCGAUUCAACCCCUUUCCAUUGAUCCCUCGGCUUCUCCGAGCCGUGCGCACGUGCUCAAUUCCCUACUCAAUUCGCCCUCUCUCGCUGACUUCCUUCGAUUCGUCUCUCUUACGUUCAUCUAAUCGGUGAACAGUCUCCGAUCGUCGCGAUUUUACACCUCUGGAAUCUCACCGAACGAUUUCUCGCCUCCGAUCGCCGCUGCUCCCCGGUCGUACGCUUGUCCCCAAAGUUUGUGUGGUGUGUGACUGUGGAGGAACUAGCAGGAGGUGGAAAGGUGGGGAGUUGACUGAGUUAUGUGGUGCUUGCUAGUUGGAGUAGGUAAAUGAGAUGAAUGUGCAGGCUCAUAUGUCGGGGGCGGGGCAGGUGCCCAAUCAGGCAGGGCUGCCUCAGCAGAAUGGGAGUGCGCUCGCUCAGCAAAUGCAUAAUCUGGGUGGCGGGGGUGGUGGCGGGCUGCGUGUUCUGUUUACUGCAGAGACCGAGAUGAACAGAGCACGUGCAUACAUGCAAGACAAGAUCUUUAAUAUCUUAUCCCAGCGGCAGCAGCAGCCACCUCUAAAUGAACAGGCAAAAAGGAAGUUCAAGGAUAUAGUGAAACGUCUAGAGGAGGGUUUGUUGAGAUCAGCUCACACAAAGGAGGAUUACAUGAACAUUGACACUCUGGAGAGUCGUUUGCAUAAUUUGAUUAAACGCCCACAUUUGAGUAAUCAGAAUCAACAAUAUUCUCAGCUUGUUAAUUCUUCCUCUGCCAUUGGUACAAUGAUACCAACACCUGGCAUGCCACACAGUGGGAACUCAACCAUGGUUGUUGCAUCUUCUGUUGAUACUUCCAUGAUUUCUUCUAGUGGAUGUAAUAGCUUAACACCUACAACUGUCAAUACUGGAAGCCUGUUGCCACCUGGUGCUGGUGGCAUACGUGGAAAUUCAUUUAAUAGAGCUGAUGGUCCUUUGCCUAAUGGAUAUCAACAGUCUCCUGCCAGUUUUUCCCUCGGUUCUGGUGGGAAUAUGUCACCAAUGGGUGCCCAAACAAUUACGAGCCAAAUGAUUCCUACUCCUGGAUUUAAUAGUAAUAGUAACAGUAAUAACUGCAACAACAACAACAAUAAUAAUCACUCUUACAUGAACUUGGAAUCUUCUAAUGGUGGUGGGUUUUCCACUGUUGAGUCAACGAUGGUUUCACAACCACUGCAGCAAAAGCAGCAUCUUGUUGGCCAAAAUAGCCGUAUAUUGCGCAACCUUGGUAGUCAAAUGGGCAGUGGUGGAAUUAGGUCUAGCUUGCAGCAGAAAGCUUUUGGGUUUCCAAAUGGGGGUUUAAAUGGCGGUUUAGGGUUGAUUGGGAGUAAUUUACAACUUGUGAAUGAACCUGGCACCUCUGAAGGCUAUCUUUCUGCUACACCUUAUGCUAAUUCACCGAAACCUUUGCAGCAGCACUUUGACCAGCAUCAGCGACCAUUAAUGCAGGGUGAUGGAUUUGGAAUGAGCAAUUCUGAUUCUUUUGGUUCUGGACACUUCUACGGUGCUGCAACAUCUGUCGGAUCAAUGAUGAACACUAAGAACUUUAAUUCAGUUAGCCUGCCGACCAUGUCCAAAACCAACUCUCCUUUGGUAAGUAAUCAGUCAGUGACAAACCAGGCUGCCUAUACAAAGCCUCAUUCAGUUGAUCAAUCUGAAAAGAUGAAUUUCCAAGCUCCUAUAACUUCGAGAGACAAUCUACUACAUUCUCAUCAACAGCAGCAAUUACAGCAGCAGCCCCUUCAGUUUCAACAGCAACGCCAACAGAAGCAGCAAAGUCAGCAGCACCAGCAUGUGUUGAACAAUGAUUUUGGCCAGUCUCAGCGGAGUUCCGAUUUUGGUAGCCAGGUGAAGUGUGAGCCUGGAGUGGAGCAACACAAUGAGGCUCUGCACUCUCAAGUUUCUGAACAGUUCCAAUUGUCUAACAUGCAGAACCAAUUCCAGCAGAGCUCUGCUGAAGACCAAUCCAGGGGUGCUCAACAUCUCUCUCUUCCAUCUGGCCAGCAUGAUAUCUGCUCGUCACUGUCUCAAAAUUGUCAAAAAAUGCAACAAUCACUGCAUCCAAGCCAUCCGGUUACGGAUUCUCAAAGUGAUUUUAGCUGCCUUUCUGUUGGAGCACAAUCAGAAUCAGUACUGCUGGGUCAAUGGAAUCCGCAAUCACAAGACAGGAAUCACAUACCAAGGAUCAUGCCCCUUGAGCACCAUGUCCAAGAGGAUUUCCGUCAGAGAAUAUCCAGGCAAGAUGAAGCUCAAUGUAAUAAUUUAUCAUCAGAAGGAUCCAUUAUUGGUCAAACUGCUACAGAUAGAAGCACUGCUGAGCCCCCUAAAUUAAGUGGUGCUGCAAGUAGAUCUGGUACUCUAAACCUUGAACAGAUGUACAGAAAUCAACAGAGGUGGCUUUUGUUUUUGCAACAUGCUAGUCGAUGCUCAUACCCCAAAGGAAAAUGCCCAGCACAUCACUGCAUAGCUGCUCAGGAAUUGUUGUCGCACAUUAAUAAAUGCAGUCUGGCACUAUGCCCAAAUUCUCGCUGCCGUCAUACCAAGGGCUUGCUUGAACAUCAUAAGACAUGUAAGAACCCAAGUUGCCCUGUUUGUGUUCCUGUAAAAAAAUAUAUACGUGCACAACUUUUAGCAAGAUUGAAACCACAUUCUCGAGCAGAGUCUGGUUCUUGUUUGCCGUCUUCGAUUACUGCAUCCUGUAAAUCCUAUGACACUGCAGACAGUUCAGCUAGAUUGAUAUCAAAGACUCCCUCAGUUGUCGAAACUUCAGAAGAUCUACAACCUUCUCUAAAACGCAUGAAAAUUGUGCAGUCAUCCCAAUCUGUUAUUCCUGAGAGUGAAAGCUUGGCAUAUAGUGAACUCCAUGGUUUGCAGGACGUUCACCUUCAAGAUAAUAAACACUAUGACAUUUGUAUGCCUAUUAAAUCUGAGUUUCCCGAAGUGAAGAAGGAAGUUGCUGAAAGUUCUGGACAGGAAAGUCUUGUUCAGAUGAGGGAAGGUGUCAGUGAUAACUGCAACCAUAAGCCUGAUGGUGAACCUAUUGCAUAUGUCGAGUCUUCUGCUUUGUCUAAGCAAGAAAAUAUUAAACUUGAGAAAGAGAUUGAUCCAGCUAAGCAAGAAAAUUUGACGCAGCCUCCUGAACUUGUGUCUGGUACCAAGUCUGGUAAGCCAAAAAUAAAGGGCGUGUCAUUGACUGAACUUUUCACUCCAGAGCAGGUUAGGGAGCACAUUACAGGUCUCAGGCAGUGGGUUGGCCAGAGUAAAGCAAAGGCAGAAAAGAAUCAAGCAAUGGAGCAUUCAAUGAGUGAGAACUCUUGUCAGCUGUGUGCAGUAGAGAAGCUCACAUUUGAACCACCACCUACAUAUUGCACCCCUUGCGGUGCUCGCAUUAAGCGAAAUGCAAUGUAUUAUACCAUGGGUGCUGGCGAUACACGGCAUUAUUUCUGUAUUCCAUGCUACAAUGAAGCUCGUGGAGACACCAUAGUUGCCGAUGGUACUGCCAUUCCAAAGGCAAGGCUAGAAAAGAAGAAAAAUGACGAAGAGACUGAAGAAUGGUGGGUUCAAUGUGAUAAGUGUGAAGCUUGGCAACAUCAAAUUUGUGCUUUAUUUAAUGGUCGAAGAAAUGACGGGGGACAAGCUGAAUACACUUGCCCGCAUUGCUAUAUACAAGAGGUUGAAAGAGGAGAACGUAUGCCCUUACCACAGAGUGCUGUUCUUGGGGCCAAAGAUUUGCCAAGAACAAUUCUUAGUGACCACAUAGAGCAGCGGUUAUUUAGGAGACUGAAGCAAGAAAGACAAGAGAGGGCGAGGCUCCAAGGGAAAAGUUAUGAUGAGGUUCCUGGAGCAGAAGCACUUGUAAUCAGAGUGGUUUCAUCUGUUGACAAAAAGUUGGAAGUGAAGCAGCGAUUUCUUGAAAUUUUUCAAGAAGAGAAUUAUCCGACCGAGUUCCCCUACAAAUCCAAGGUGAUUUUACUGUUUCAGAAGAUUGAAGGUGUAGAAGUUUGCUUAUUUGGCAUGUAUGUUCAAGAGUUUGGAUCUGAAUGUCAAUUCCCAAAUCAGCGCCGUGUUUAUCUCUCGUACCUGGACUCUGUGAAGUAUUUCAGACCUGAGAUUAAAGCGGUUUCUGGAGAGGCUCUUCGUACAUUUGUUUACCAUGAGAUUCUGAUUGGAUACCUUGAAUACUGCAAGAUACGAGGUUUUACAAGCUGCUAUAUAUGGGCUUGUCCUCCAUUGAAGGGUGAAGAUUAUAUUUUAUACUGUCAUCCAGAAAUUCAGAAAACACCUAAAUCUGAUAAGCUCCGGGAAUGGUAUCUAUCGAUGUUAAGAAAAGCUGGCAAGGAAAAUAUUGUGGUUGAUCUCACUAAUUUAUACGACCAUUUCUUUGUAUCUACUGGUGAAUGUAAGGCUAAGGUCACUGCAGCUAGAUUGCCAUAUUUUGAUGGUGAUUACUGGCCUGGUGCGGCAGAGGACCUUAUUUAUCAGAUGCGUCAAGAAGAAGAUGGCAAAAAACAGAAUAAGAAAGGAACAACGAAGAAGACCAUAACAAAGAGGGCUCUAAAAGCAUCUGGUCAGUCUGAUCUUUCUGGUAACGCAUCAAAGGAUCUGCUACUCAUGCAUAAACUAGGUGAAACCAUUUCCCCAAUGAAGGAGGAUUUUAUCAUGGUUCAUUUGCAGCAUUCGUGCACACACUGUUGUGUCCUAAUGGUAUCCGGAAACCGUUGGGUUUGCAACCAGUGCAAAAGUUUUCAGCUUUGUGAAAAGUGUUAUGAGGUAGAACAGAAACGUGAAGAAAGAGAAAGACAUCCAAUCAACCAGAGGGAAAAGCAUGCCCUCUAUCCGGUUGAAAUUACUGAUGUACCUGUUGAUACAAAGGAUAAAGAUGAGAUUCUUGAGAGUGAAUUCUUCGACACCAGACAGGCAUUUCUGAGUCUUUGUCAAGGAAAUCAUUAUCAGUAUGAUACCCUACGACGGGCUAAACAUUCCUCGAUGAUGGUCCUUUACCAUCUUCAUAAUCCAACUGCUCCAGCCUUUGUGAUAACAUGCAAUAUAUGUCAUCUUGACAUUGAAACUGGUCAGGGUUGGCGAUGUGAAGUCUGCCCUGAUUAUGAUAUAUGCAAUUCUUGUUAUCAAAAGGACGGGGGGAUUGAUCAUCCUCAUAAGUUGACAAACCAUCCAUCCAUGGCUGAUCGCGAUGCUCAGAAUAAAGAAGCCAGGCAACUACGAGUUGUACAGCUUAGGAAGAUGCUUGAUCUUCUCGUGCAUGCAUCACAAUGUCGUUCUGCACUGUGCCAGUACCCAAAUUGUCGCAAGGUUAAGGGGCUUUUCCGCCAUGGGAUACAAUGCAAAACCCGUGCAUCUGGAGGUUGUGUUCUCUGUAAGAAAAUGUGGUAUCUCCUCCAACUUCAUGCUCGAGCUUGCAAAGAAUCUGAAUGCCACGUGCCACGUUGCAGAGAUCUUAAAGAACAUUUGAGGAGGCUUCAGCAGCAGUCUGAUUCACGGCGAAGAGCUGCUGUGAUGGAGAUGAUGAGACAGAGAGCUGCAGAGGUUGCCAGCAAUGCUGGAUGAUCUGUUGUACAUACUAUAUAUAUAGUUUUGAAAGAAAGCCCUCAGUGGUAGAGGAGGGAGUCCAUAGUUUUGUGCUGCUCAGUAAGACACUGCUGGGAACUUGGCCGUGAUAGCAAAAGCGGCAGGUUUAGACGAUUGGAAGGAGGUAAGCAUGGAGUAGAACAGCAGAUUGGUUCAUAUUCACAUGAGACAGAAUAUUCUUUUCGUUUACACCAAAAAAUCUUCUGAAGCAAGUGAACUCCAUUGAUCAGAACUACCCUCUUCAACAAACACUAACAGUUCAGCUUGGAGUAUUAGUGUACUGAUGCGUCUCACUCUGGGUCGUUUUGGUGAUUCUUUGAUUUUAUGAUGCUCUUGUAUUCUGUAAGGACGUCAUUCUUGGGGUGGCGAUUGUACUAUAUAAUUCUAAUCUUUCUAGAAAACAUUUCUUACGAAAGCAUUGUCAGGGGCUUUUUGGUUUUAGUUCUCCUUUGUUCCCAAGAUUUUGUUAUCAUAUUACCUCUUUUUAGAAGAUUUUCUUAUAAAAAGAUGGAAGAAAAUAAAUAAGUAGCGUCUCUGACAUUGUAGAAAUUCAUUUUGAUCUA